CGGAAGUAGUACGUUUAGCGUACGACGGAGAGCAUGCACAUGGAAAUGUCUCCUACCGGCGUGCUGGAAUUACCGAAUGCGUGUUUAAAAUCCAGUUUGGAAUUUCUCAACAUUCGAUCCGGUUUCGAGCGCGUUCAGGCGGUGAGCCAGGUGUCACGGUUAUGUCAAGUUUAUGGCAGCAGGACUCCUCAAAGAACGGAAACCUCAGUGGCAUGAGAAUGAACGACGAAGGCACUGGUAUAGGGGCUCCGACCCCAACGGUGGCGGGGUAUUUGGGAAAAUGUGAAGACAGAAAUGCUUCACCAGGGAACUGUCCUUGGUGUUUGGCAAAAGGUCAGAAAAAUGCCCUUCGCUUUUAUGCUGUCAACUUGGAGGAGACUGUUCUGCUUUGUACAAAUACAGUGUGCCUUUACCCAUUGGUUAGUAGAUCUCUAGAAGAUGUGCGUGCUAGCUUGUCUAAAGAUGGAUGCAAGAGGAACAUCUCUUCCCUGUCCGAUGUGGAUGAUGCAUCCUCCCCUUCAAAGCGAUCAAGAGAGGAGAAACUGGAAGUUUUGUCUUCUGUCCCUGAGCCAUGUGCUGCUGACGUCAAUGACGCCACCCUUCCAGCUGACACUAUUGAAACACAAAUGUUUACUGAUGAACAGUCAAUACUUGGAAACACUGACUCUGUUAAUGGCACUGAGGAACAACAUCCAGAAGAGGUACCUGCUGCUCCCACCCAUGAGGAUUUAGAUUUGUGUGACAAAAAGGAUGACUGUGUAUCUAGUACUCAAGAUGAGGUGGAGGAGAUCUCUGGAAUGGAUGUAGAUGUGGAAUCAUCAGAGCUGGUUCCUGUGCAACCUCGUCUUUUCUGGAAAAAUGAGGACAACCUGUGUUGGUUGGAUUCGUUGUUGGUGAUGCUCGUGAACUGCAGGACUAUCAGAGAGACUCCGUGCCAGAAUGUAAAGCUGGUAGACAAGUUGACAUCGCUGCCUUCCAGCAACUCUGCUGUCUGGAACCUUUGCUCCACGUAUGAUAAGACAUGUGCAUAUCUGAAAGCCAAGGAGCAACAGUGUGAAGACGAGGAGACCAGAGUCCCCGCUGAUGUCCUGUGUGAGGCAGAGCGGCGGCUGUCUGCGCUUCGUCUGUCACUCUUCAAACUCCUUCAGCCUACACUCAAGUGUGAAAUUGGUCAGCAGGAAACACCCGUGUUUGCUCUCCCUCUCCUUCUACGCUCAGACAAGUGGGCUCAAGAUCUCUUCCAGCAUACUAUCCGUUGGGAAUUUAAGUGCACUUCUUGUAGUUACACUCUAAAUGACAGUGUUGAGAAGACUCUUACAACGUUCACUCAGAUUGUAAAUGACUGGCACCCACUAAAAGCCAUCCACCGCACUCAGUGCAGUAACUGCAACCGUAAAAACCAGAGGAGGAAAAUGGUGCUUGAAAAGCUUUCCUCUGUGUUUGCGCUGCACUUUGUGGAGGGCUUGCCCAGGAAAGACCUCUCUAAAUACUCGUUUGAGUUCCAGGGCAUACAUUACAAUGUUAGCACUGUUAUCCAGUACAAUAAGCAUCUAAAGCACUUUGCCACUUGGAUCCGCCAGAGCAACGGAUCAUGGCUGGAACUCGAUGAUUUGAAAUACCCUCACAGCAUCAUCCACAAGAGGUUUACAUUUCCUGCCAAUGAAAUUCACAUUGUAUUCUGGGAAUCAGACUCCACUAAAGAUGAAGCUUCAGAGGUUUGCUCACCGACAGCUCCAUCAGCGGUCACAAGUCUAGAUGAUCAACACGCACACGAACUGUCAGAUUCGGUGGCCGAUGACACGUGCGUCCUCAGCGCGCUCACCGUGGGAGACACUCUGGAUGCAUCUAUCGGCAGCACCACAUUACUGGACACCUUUGAGGGUCUGUCAUAUACAGACAUUGUGACCCUCACUCUGGUUGAUGAGAGCAAAGCCACCGAAGUUGUUCAGUUUCCCCAGAAUCCAGCUGUUGUGCCUGCUGCUCUACCGAGUCUUCCUGCAGCUUCUAGUUUGUCUUUGUGUCAGCCUCCAAAACCCCAAAGCUCUGCUUUGAAGGAUGGCUCUUCAGUUUCCAAUCCAGUUGUUGUGAGACCACCAGUGGCUACAAAUGUACACGCACCGCUUGCGUCCUCAUUACUUCAACGCCAUCCUUCUUUCCAGUCGACGCCAGUAAGAAUUCCUCCUCCUCCUCCUGCUCCGAAACCAAAACCCGUUCUGAAAUGUGACAACGAAGCUCUGCCAGCAAAGCCAGCUGACAUGUUUGGUGGCUUCAUAAACAAGAAGUUGCCAAGUGGUGUGAAUCCUGCUAUAGCGCCUCAACACAAACCAGUCACCCUUCCUGGUGGCAUAUGUCAAUCUGUUAAGAAAAAUCCAAGCCUAGAUCAGCAGCCCAUUAGCACUACAGAAGCCCUCAGGCUGAAGCUACUGAAAAAACUCAAAGCUAAGAAGAAGAAACUAGCCAAACUAAACCAGCUUUUGGGAAGCGCGGGAGAAUCUGCACCGAAACCGGACAGCACGGCGCUCUCGUCUCCCUACUCUGUCACCUCUAGUACAUCGGCGUACGACAGCCCGGCAUACGACGAGUUCUUUGCCGAGCUUUUGUCUCCUGCGACGACCGUCAGUAACCUCUCACCAGACAGCACGGGGCUCCUUGAGAUGAUGAGCAACGGUCAGAAUGUGGAGGCGACCGUUGGAAGCGCACAACAAAAUCCUCCUGUAGCAACUGCGAUUCCAGAAGCAACUUUAACCUACCCUUCCUCUACUAAUGACUCCGAAUUGAAUCUUGAUGAUUACAUACAAUCAGGGAUGAGCCAGACUGCAAUUGAGAACACAGAUUUUAAUAGCUUAGAUAUAUUUUUUUCUGAUCAAGCUUUUAAAAACUUUACAAACAGUGAGUUUGGUCUGGUGUCUAAACAAGUUGCUCCUAAGAACUCUUAUUUGUAGUUUCAUAUUGGGAAUGCAAGACUUUUGUUAGGAAAACCUGUGGUGCAUCAUUAGUUGAAACAAUUUCAUAUUUUGUCUGAUAUACUUGAAGAAUAAAGAACAUUAAGCGGUGCAGAGUAAACAAUGUUUGAAGAUCAAAUUAUGCACAAUGCAUUUGUAAAAGUUCGUACGGCAUUGUACAGUUGUUUAAUAAUUUUAGUUGUCUUUUUUUUAGGGUUAUCGCUGUAUUUAAAGCGGUUCAUAUUAAAUAGUCCCAAAAACUGAA